AUGGAGCCUGCAAAAGUCCCCAAGUCUUUCGGUUGUUUCUCUCAAAAGGGUUUGCUCGUAAGGCUAAGUAGCUUUCGUUCCAAAAGCAACAACACUUCAAACUCCAAUUCCCCUACGUUAAUGUCUCCUAAACCCUCAAAACGAAACACCAACAACAGACAACAAGAUUUCAGGUGGGUUUUCGCUCGUUUUGACACUGACAACGAUGGAAAAAUUUCAGCUUUAGAGCUUCGAUCAUACUUCGGGUCCAUUGGAGAAUACAUGUCGCACCAGGAGGCUCAGUGCGUGAUUGACGAUUUGGAUGUUGAUGGUGAUGGGUUUAUUGAUUUUGAUGAUUUUAUGAGGCUGAUGAAGGUGAAAGAUGAGAGAGAUGAUGUUAAAGCAGCGUUUGAGAUGUUUGAGCAUGAGAAGGGGUGUGGACAGAUUAGUCCGAAGAGUUUGCAGAAGACCCUGAGUCGACUCGGCGAAUCGAAAAGUUAUGAUGAGUGUUUGCAGAUGAUUAAGGUGUUUGAUGUUCAUGGGAUUUACUUUGUGUAUAUGGCUUGGAAAUCAAUGAAAGAAGGUUGA